GUGUGUGUGUGUGUGUGUGAUUGAGCUCCUCGCUGCAGAACACAUUCAGAUCCCAGUAUCAUCCGGGCGGCACCCAUCAACGCCCUCUCUAUCUCUCUGUCUGUGGAUUUGGACUUUUUAUGCUGAGCUUCAGCAAGGACAACAGGCGUUUAAAUGCCAUAUAUCUGUAGCAUAAAAGGUUAUUUUAAUUUUUUUAUUUUUUCUAUGAAUUGUUGGAUUCUUUUUGGGUUUUGAUGAUCACUUUUAAAACAUGAAAAUGAUCUGACCAUGUCAUAAGUGUUUUUCAGAUAAAAAUUGUUCAUAAGAAGAAUCUCCAUAGCGUUAUUGUCGCUGGAUAUGUAAAUGAAUUAAUUGUCAGAGACGCUGGUGUCCAGGGAUUAUUUCGAGCUCAUGAUGCGGGAUCGGAAGGAAUGCGAGGCGCGCGGUGAAGUGGAGCGGGUUCGAACCCGGGAGCGUCUGGACGCGACUGUCGCGGGUCUGACCGAGCUAGAGUAUCUGAGACAGAGACAGGAGCUGCUGGUCAGGAGUGUGUUGAACUGUCAGGAGCUCGCGGGAGAGGACAAACCCUGCCUUACAGUGGAGGACAGCUAUCUGAACACUGAAGAGAAACUUCUGGAGGAGAAUAUUUUAUUGCUUAGAAAACAAUUGAACUGCCUUAGGAGGCGUGAUGCAGGUUUGAUCAACCAGCUCCAGGAAUUAGACAAACAGAUCAGCGACCUGCGGUUGGACACGGAGACUUCGCAUGAACAUGUGGAAACGGACAGCCGGCCAAGUUCAGGCUUUUACGACCUAAGCGAUGGUGCUUCAGGAUCCCUCUCCAAUUCCUCCAACUCUGUCUUCAGCGAGUGUUUGUCCAGUUGUCGUUCCACCACCUGCCUGUGCACCCCCCUCGACACCUCGCUCUGUGUCUCCGAGGGAAGGCUUAAGCCUGCAGAUGAGCUGGGCAUUUGUGCCGAGUGUGAUUGCCAUUGCGAAGACUCGAGUUCUGGAACAGUCCGCAGGUCUCUUUCUGCAUCCUACUCCCCUUCCCCGGAUGGCUCCUGCGAUGGCCUGUCCAAGUUCCACUGUGACCUCAUUGCCAAAAACGGUAAUGAUGUUUACCGGUACCCCAGCCCUCUCCAUGCGGUGGCUGUCCAGAGCCCCAUCUUCUUUCAAUCCAUGACUAGUCACCUAAAGGACGAUUGUAACUUCUCCAAGCCUGGUGAAACAUUGAGUGAUGAACAGAAACCUGAGCAGGUCGUGGGCACUCAGAAUUCUUCCUGGCAUGCCACUCAAACACUCCCAAACAAAAAACUGGAUAGUUAUAUCUUUGGGCUACUUCAGAGGAGGGCACAGCCCUUGAGGACCAACAAACCCAGAACAAGCAUCAACACUGACCCCUCCAAGAGCAUUUUAAGGCAGGCUAGUCUUUGCUCACGGGCCCCUGCUGCUGUCCAGGCCCAACAAUGGACCUCUGACCUCAAGCCUAACUGGCAGAUGUGUUUACAAGAUUCAUCAGCAGCUAGCACUGACCCAAGCACAGCUUCGCCCCAAAGACAGUGGUCUGCUGAGUCCAAGGGAGGUACCCUACAAAAUGGAGCAUACUUUUCUCCAAGUCAGCCACAGAACGGUUACACAACCACCAAUGAUAAUAACACUAGUUGCCUCUUGAAGAAGAAAGUUUCUGGAGCCACUAAAGGCCAGCCGUUAAGUGUUGCAUCGGAGGACUGGCAGGAUUUAGGCAGCCCAAAUGCAGUUUCCUCUCCCAAACGCGGCAAGCAUUCUUAUUACACUGUGGAGGACAAUAUAUCUGGACAGGCAAUGAAAGCAAGUCCUCUUAAGAGGAGUCCUAAGGCUCAGGCUCCAGCAAGUUGUAGUAAAGACGCAGAACAGCUGUCUCCAGAGUUGCUCAGCCUCGGUUCUUCUUCGCAAAGUCAAGAUGAAGGAGGUCAAUUGGUCAGUGCCCAGUACAUCCCUGCUCAGAAACAGAAUGUAAAUCUGCGCAAGGGUGGCACCAAGAACAUCAAGAUUGUCAAAGUGAAAAAUUCCACCAGUGUAAAAAGUAGACCUCACAUUUCCGAGCAUGUUUCAGAGACUGACAAGCAUCGGACAGGAUCUAGGCGGUCUAGACAAGCGGAUGACAUCCACCACUUGCACAAAUCCUCCAAGAAGGCCUCCACAAAAGCCAAGAGAAUUCCUGCCUCCAUCCCUGAAGGACGAAUCUUGGAGAAGCACACCAGUUCCACAGGGGGUCGAUCUUCUGCCCAGAGACACCACGGACAUCACCGACAUCAUGAUGCAGUGUUGGCCAAACCCAAGUACAAGCGUAACGACUACCACCGGCGGCCAAGGGGUCUUCACGAGAUCCCAUAUGAGGAGGCUUUCAAGAGGGCUCACCGCAGGCAGAAACGAGAAAUGCUGGGCCACAUGUCAGCCAUGUACUUGCCAUCUAACGCACACUACACCAGCCCCUAUGCCUACAUAGGCAGCGACUCUGAAUAUUCGGCAGAGUGCGCCUCUCUCUUCCAUUCCACCAUUCUGGACACAAGCGAGGAUGAGCGCAGUAACUAUACCACCAACUGUUUUGGGGACAGCGAGUCGAGUGCUAGCGAGGCGGACUAUGUAGCUGAGAGCAGCACUAGCAGUGACUCUGAGGGGAGUGCAGGGGUAAAUUGGCCCCAAUUCAACCAGGCAGGUGCAGGAUCCCACGGAAUGACAUCAGCACAGGCAAAGGCAUUUGUUAAAAUCAAGGCUUCCCACAACUUGAAGAAGAAGAUCUUACGUUUCCGAUCAGGCUCAUUAAAACUCAUGACCACAGUGUGAGAGACUUGAUGAACCCUGAGAUCAGUUAGAAUGCAGCCAAUCAAAUUGGCUUCUUUCCCUUAUCAAACAAUCAAGUGCCUAGGCAGAAAUCAGCUGCAAGGCCUAAAACUGCCUGUCGGUCAGCUGGGAACUCAACUUCUGUCCAGCACAACGCCUUCCCCUGCACUUUUCAUACCCCAUUGUCUGUUGCCUUUUUUUUCUUUUUGUUUUGUAUUUAUUAUAAAUUGAGCUUUUGCUGUGAUGUGUUUACAUAGCAAGUACUAUGUAAAUGCAUUGUUCAUACAUGGUUUACUUUUUUUAAAGAUAUCUAUAACUUAAUAUAUUUGGUUAGCCAUACAUGGAAAUGGAAUAGGAAGUAUGACUGAGCUAAAGCAGUUUAUUACAGACGCAGUCUGUCUGAGAAAUGUCCAGUGCUACCAAGACUAGUUCACCUGCUGAUUGUUAAGGGCUUUUGUUAAAUGCACAUUAAAUAUGCAUGAGCAACAGCUUCACCAUUUACCUUAUUAGUUGUAAAUUACCCUUCUGUAAAAAAAAAAAAUGCUAAUGUAAUGUUGAUUUCUCGUGUCUUUUUAUUCUUUAUUAAA